CCCGAAUAAAUAAUGCAGAGAAAGAAGCACCUGGUAAAUUCUCGUGUCUAACAGAAGAAGUCAGCAACAUGAUGAUCGAAGCUUCUCCUCCAUAAUUCUUCACAGCUCAAGAAAUUUCAAGAAUUGCCUUCACCUUGGCUAUAAAUAAAGUAGGAGGCCUGACCAAAUCAAGUAAGGCAAAAGAAUCCUCAAAGCAAGAGAAGCCCUCAAUCGAAAUCUUGUACAAACCAGCUCUUAGUACCCGGAACAGUACAAUUUUUCUGGGAAAUAGAAAGAUGUCAGUAUUUCCGCUGCAAUCAAUGCUGUUGAAUACCUUCUCGUCCGAGUCUUCAUGCUGCUCAAUGGACUGGAAGGAAACCCCAGAAGCCCACGUUUUCAAGUUUGAUCUUCCGGGACUGACAAAAGAAGACGUGAAAGUCCAAAUUCACGACAACCAGGUUCUCCAUUUAAGUGCUGACAGGAAAGAUGAGGAUAAUCAGGAAACUGGUGAGUCUGAUGAUCGAAAGCGUGGUGGUGGUGGGGGUGGUGAGUAUAAGUGGCACUGCAAAGAGCGGAUUUGUGGUGGGAGUUUCCAGAGGGAGUUUCGGUUGCCUGAAGAUGCAUUGGUUGAUCAGAUCAAGGCUUCAAUGAGUGAUGGGGUGUUGGUUGUUACCGUGCCUAAAGAUCAUCAUUUGAAGAAGAAAAAGUUGAAGCACGGAGCAGUUGAAAUUUCAGGUGUGGAUGGCCGAAAUGAUGCUUUUUCUCCUAAAGGAUUUGUAAGGUUUGUUUGCUGCAAAGCUUAGUGGGAAAAUGGGCAUUUGCCCAAAAGCAUAAGAUUCUUGGGAUCUGGUGAUUCUCAUCUGCAUGUAUAUAUAGUAUGUAUUCAGGAUUUGCUUUUCUAUUUGAUGCGUAAAAUGUUUAACGUCUUUUUAUUCGGUUGUAUAGUUUAGGUGGAUGAUUCUGUUCGUAAGUAAUUGCUUGAAGAAACCCAUAGAAGAAGAAAAAAAAAGAGUUACC